CCAGUGGCGCAAGAUGGCGCCGGGAGAUGAGAUGCUGGAAUUCACUCGCAGCUUCUUUCGAGCUUGCCCCGAUCUCAGCACGGUUACUCACUCCAUCGUGCGACAGAAAUUUUUGAUUCACGUGGGUCGGGAUCAUCUUGAACCUGAGGAGAAGCAGGCGUUGAAAAGGCUGAUGGAGGAGGAGCUGCUGAAGAUGCAGGCGGAUGCUGGUACCAGGGAAGGAAAGCCAGACUUUAUCAAAGUUAAGAGGUCUCCUGCUCCCUGCAGUCACCCAGAGAGGAAAAGGUUCCGCUUCAAUUCAGAGUCAGAAUCCAGCUCUACACCAUCCAGCCCAGACUGCUCAGGACCUCCAACAAAGAACAAUACAACCAAGAAGGCAUGCCCAAGAAGAACCUUAAAGAAAGCAGUUGAGAGCACAGAUGAAGAGCAGCAAACAGACCUGGUUGCAAAGAUGGGAUUGGAGGAGAGUAGUGAGGAGGAGGAAGAAGGCUCUGUCAGAUCAGGUGAGGUCUGGAAGGCAGAGGACACUGAGGAUGAUGAUGUGAGAAAAGAACAGAAGGGUGGGGUUAGAAAGAAAGCUGGGGCCAAGAACAAGCCAGCACCACACAAGGCAGAUAGGAAGCAGGCUAGGGAAGAGAGUGGAAGCAGUGAGGAAGAGGCUGUACAGAAUAGAGCAAAGGUGGAGAGACGCACAGGCGCUAAAUGCCAGGAGGAAAGUGAAGACAGCGAGGAUGAGAUCCUAGCCAAGAAGAGCGAGCACAGGGAGUCCAGACUGAAAAGCAGCAAAGCAGGGAGAACAGCUAGCGGGAGAAAGAGCUCUAAGCAGAAAAGCAGGGCUGGGAGGCCAACUGGAGGCUUGGGAGACAGCGAGGAAAAGAAGGAAGGGGAUGCAGUAAGUAGUGGGGACAGCAGUGGAGAGGAAGAGCCUUUAGCGAAGAGAAAGAGCAAGGACAAGACCCAGACUGAGAGUGGGAGAAGGCAGAGCACAAGCAGCGAGGAUGAUGAUGGCAGGCAGGUGCAAGCAGCCACUCAAGGCACUACGAAGACGGGCAGCCUAGGCAGCAGUAAUGGUGACAGUGGCACGGAGAGGGAAGUGAGUGAUUCCCAGGCAGGACAGAACACCAAAGAGGAGAGGAAGAGCCGCUCUUCCAAGAAGAGCUCCAAGAACGGCAAGGCACGAAGUUCCUCAUCUUCAUCAGAUGCAAGCCCAGAACCCACAGGUCAGAAGGCUGGCUCUCGUCGCUGUGGAGAGGACCACCCAGCUGUGGUUAGACUAAAGCGGUAUAUUUGGGCUUGUGGUGCCCGACGAAACUACAAGAAGCUGCUGGGCUCCUGUGGCUCCCACAAGGAGCGCCUGAAUGUCCUCAGGGCUGAGCUGGAAGCACUGGGCAUGAAGGGUAAUCCUUCCUUAGAGAAGUGUCGGGCUCUGAAGCAGCAUCGGGAAGAGGCAGCUGAAGUGGCUUCCUUGGAUGUUGCCAAUAUCAUCAGCAGUUCAGGCCGACCACGAAGACGAAAUGCAUGGAACCCUUCAGGGGAAGCAAUCUCUCCAGGGGAGCUUUAUCACCGAACCCUGGACUCAGAUGAGGAGCGGCCACGUCAAGCACCUCCAGACUGGUCUCAUAUGCGUGGUAUCAUCAGCAGUGAUGGUGAGAGUAGCUGAACUCCAUGUCCAGGAUGGACCAAUACCCUGUUAUACAAGUGCUUGUAGCACUGAAGCAACUUUCAAAGACAGACUACAGCAGCAGGAUCCAAGUUAUCGGUACACUACUCAAUUUCAUAUUCUCUAAGGUGGUUUUGGGGUUUGUGUGCAAACAGCCUCUUAAAGCAUUUGAGGCGGUUGUUGUUUUAUUUUUAAAGACUCAAUAAAAUGUAAUUACUUUAUCCAAA